AUGCAAAGGCGGAAAAGGAUACCAGGCCAGUGCAUCUUCUGCGCCUUCAGAUCUCAGACAUGGCUCCCUCGACAACAGCCCCGAGGAGCAGCGGCGGCUUUUUCGACGACCGCUUCUCUACGCGCAUUCCGGAAACUACAGCUCACCAAACUCGACCUCCCAGAAAAUCCUCGAAGCGUUAUUCGCCCGCUUUUCCUCGAUCCAGAGAAACGCCGCCGUGACGCUGGGUUCAGAAGGAAUCUCCUCCUGGAUAUAGCAGACCCGCAGAAGAAGUCCCUUGCGCGUCGUCGAGGCGAGAUUAGUCUGAAGGGGCAGGUCCGGGGUCGAGCCGGCCGGGUGACAGUGAGAGGCAUGAAGAACCUCAUACUCGAGCGAUUAGAAGCUCUCGAGGAGGAGAUGCGGCAAUCAGAGCUACGGCAAACGCUCAAGGUGGAUGAUGUAUCUUUCGGAAAGCUCUAUGGAGCCUUUCGAAGACAGAUCGCCGAAUCAAUCACGUACACGAGUAUCGCGCCGCCCGAAGAUGAGGAGCAGCCGCUGUUCACGAGCUUGAUGGACGCAUUCAUAAAGAGGGGCCAGGAUGAGCUCGAUGCCCAGCUAAGACAUAUUUGCUACGGGCACUUGGUGGGCUCGAAGUUCACAAAGACGGAUAUUGAAAACCAAAAAGUGUUAGCAGAUUUGAGAUACCCUACAGAAUGGUUUCCCAAAGCCAGAACCAUGCAACGGCAGAUACAUGUCCAUGUUGGGCCGACCAAUUCCGGGAAGACUUAUCAUGCGCUCAAGAGACUGGAGCAAGCGGAGAGUGGCUGUUAUGCUGGACCCCUGCGGUUGCUCGCCCACGAAGUCUUCACGCGCCUGAACGCCAAGGGCAAGCGCUGCGCCCUGAUCACGGGCGAGGAGCGCAGGUACCCUGAUGAAGAGACAGAUCUGCCUUUUAUGUCCAGCUGUACGGUCGAGAUGGUACCUCUGGGGGCUGACCUCGACGUCGCCGUCAUCGACGAGAUCCAGAUGCUCGGCUCUGAGGAGCGCGGCUGGGCAUGGACACAGGCGUUUCUCGGUCUGCAGGCUAAGGAAGUGCACUUGUGCGGCGAGGAGCGCACAGUUCCUUUGAUCAAGCAGCUGGCAGCAAUGACAGGCGACAAGGUUGAAAUACACCACUACAAGCGUCUGAGCCCCCUUCAGAUGUCGUCGGAGAGCUUGAAGGGCAGGCUGGGAAAGUUGCAGAAGGGGGACUGCAUAGUCGUCUUUUCGGUCAUGGGUAUUCAUGCUAUGAGGAAGGAGAUUGAGAGGGCGACAGGCAAGAAGGUGGCGAUAGUAUACGGGAGCUUGCCGCCGGAGACAAGGGCUCAGCAGGCAAGACUAUUCAACGACCCAAACAAUGACUACGACUAUCUGGUGGCCAGCGAUGCCAUUGGCAUGGGUCUCAAUCUGAGCAUCAAGCGUGUCAUCUUCGAAUCUGCACAGAAGAACAACGGCUACCAAAUGGUCACCCUCAAGACUGCCGACAUAAAGCAGAUUGCCGGCCGGGCCGGCCGUUACCGUACUGCCGCCCAAGCCACCGAACCCGCGCAAGUCCCUCCAGUCGUCGAUGUUGACGACGGGGCCUCACCAGCAAGAGAGCCUGCCGUUGAUACCGCGAACCCUCCAGCACCUGCACCCCCAACUGACAACACAAACAUAGGUUAUGUAACUACACUGGAGGAAUUCGACUUCCCCACGGUUGCGAAGGCCAUGCUCUCAGAAGCCGAGCCCAUCCGCACCGCCGGCAUCAUCCCCCCAGCCUCUAUCAUCGAGCGGUUCAGCUCCUACUUUCCACCCGGGACGCCGUUCAGCUACAUCCUGCUCCGUCUCUCGGAGAUCUCUCAGACAUCUGGCCGCUUUCACAUGUGCGGACUUAGAGAUCAACUCGCCAUAGCUGAUACCAUCCAGCCCGUCACAGGCCUUACGACGGUCGACCGCAUCAUCUUCUGCGCCGCACCCGCCUCAAAGCGGGACAAAGGCAUGCACAAGUUGCUGCGAGCUCUAGCGGAAUGUGUGGCCGAGCAGCGGGCCGGCAGCCUCCUCGACAUCGCCGAGUUCAAUCUCGAAGUCCUCGACCAGGAACCGGAUCCUUCGAGGCGCUACCUCAGCGAGCUGGAAACUCUGCACAAAGGGUUGGUACUUUAUCUCUGGCUCUCGUACAGGUUCAGCGGAGUCUUCACCACGAGGGCUUUGUGCUUCCAUGUUAAGGAACUCGUGGAGAACAAGAUCGAAGAGUGUCUAAGGAACUUCGCAUUCACGCCGGAGAUGCGGCAGAAGAUCCGUGCGAAGCGGGAGAGAGAGAUUUUGGAGGCGUUGCAGGAGAACUUUGGGCUGCCUGAGGAGGACGCGGCGGAAAGGACGCGGCAAGUUCGACACGAGGGCAUGUUCACUAUCAACCCGGCAAGAGUAGCAGUCCCGGAUGCUGGCUUGGAGGGUCCAACAACCAAUGAAGGAGCUGAGGAAGGGGAUAGGCAGGCCGGGGAGCCAGCGCUGGAUAGAGAACCCCUAUCCGAAGAGGUAGCGCGGAUGCUCCAGGAUAAAGACGUCGACCUGACGGAGCAUGGAGUGGAAGCUGAAGAGAUUGAUGAGGAGCAGACUCCGGAGCUUGCAGAAACGAGCGAAGUGCAGGCUACAGGGACAAGUGCCCUAAACGAGACUGCAGGUGGAGCCACAGAUGAUAUACCUCCGGUAGCACCCUUUAUCCGGCGCGUACACGGAAGCCUUCCUCCAUCCAUAGAACAAACCGCUGGGAAUACAGCAGCCGGCGAGCAUGCACUCAAUCUUCAGAACGAAGCCGACGCCAAAGCUACUCCCACCACGACGACGGUUCAAGGAAUCGAUCAUCAAUCCUCUACUCCCCGUCUCGCCGAAAUCAACUUAGAGUCUGACGACAUCGCUCCCCGCAAAAAUACUACGCCGCCGCUUCCCUAUGAUGAAGACGGCGCGAAAGGCACACCAUAUGCAAGUUAUCACAUCUAG